AUGAGCUAUGCCAAAGCGAUAUUUCCAUAUCAAACAGGCGUCAUUGGUGAUCUUGAAUUGCAAGUAGAUGAUGUUAUUGAGGUAUUAGAACAAGUUGAUGUGAAUUGGACUCGCGGUAAAUUAAAUGGUAAAAUCGGUCUCGUACCAUGUAAAUUCAUUCAACAACUUCCAACAGUAGAUAUUGAUAAUAGUCAAUCAUUAUAUAUAGCACAUACCGAUUAUCGUUCAGAUCAUGAAGGAGAUUUACAAUUUCGUCGAGGUGACCUUUUAAUUGUUAAUGAACAUCUGCCGAAUGACUGGUUUCGUGGAUCACUUCAUUUUAAUUUACCUGGCACUACUUAUCGACCGGUCGGCAUUUUUCCAAGUACAUUUGUUACAUUAGUAAAAUCGAAUUCAAACAGUGCGAAACAAAACGAAAUUCAAGUAUCGUCUAGUGAAAACGAUCUUUUAUCAUUCGAUGGAAGUCCAAUCAAAUUUGUGCGUGUGCUUUGUGAUAUUAAACCGAGUGGACCAAAUGAAUUAGGUUGUUUUGAAGAUGAAAUUCUUGCGAUUAUCGAAGGCGAUAAUAACCAAAGUGAAUGGUUAAUAGUUAAAAAUGCAUUUAAUUCAAUUGGACGUGUUAGACGCGUAUUUGUUGAGCCUAUUGAUGAUCGACAAACUGACAAUGAUCGAAAUGAUCUUUUAAUUGUGCCGAGUAUUAAAUCGCAUGAAUAUCAAAAAGGAAAUAGAAAAGGUUUAGAUUCGAUUCAAGAACUUGUCGAUUUCGAAUUUGAUAAAUUAAUGAAGAAAGAUGAUAAAACACAAUCAGGUGAGCAUUAA